GUUCGCUGCGGCCUGGUGACUUCAUUUUUCGUUGUUCGCUCAGUCAUCAGAAUCAUGUUGACUGUUGUGUUGAGUUUGUUCCUUUUGUCUUCGACUUGUGAGUUGUGUCAGUGAGAUAGGUUUCCGGCGGUAGCCGAGUGGUAUCGGUAUUCUAGCAAACUUGCCAAUAGUUUUUAUGGUUUAUGUAAUUCUGUUCCAUGUUCGUCGUAACCCUCAGAGCCUGGACGUACAAGUAGAUCUACAUCUUCAUACAAGAUUGAGUUGAGUUUUAGUCAUGUUUAUUUGAGACUUCUAUUAGUACCAUUAGUAUUACAAAGCACUAGCAUCUCCACCGGCGGGUAGAAGUAAACAUGAUGCAAGGAGUGGACCAGCUGGACCAACAGCUGAAUGCGGCUACCAGCGGACUAAACCUGGAGGAAAGCUUCUGUAUUGUAGAUCGAGAUUCUGCUAUGCCCCCACCAACGGCAGCAGCAACUCUAGCUCAGCAGUCUUCGCCAGCCGUUGUACACUCUGCUGUUACCAGUGUCACAACUGAUACUAGUAGCCAGCAAGGUGGUAGUGCAUCGAGCAUUGCUACAUCGCACUUUGCUACAACUGCUCCCAGCAGCAAUAGCCCCCAAUUGUCUCGUUCUCAACCAGCUGUUGCGAGUACGGCUGGUCAGUCCAAUGCAGUAGCUACACCAGCAUUAUCCACUGUUAGUACUCCACAGCGGUAUGAGAAUGUACAAGGUGCAGUAUCUGCACACUACACUCCUACCCCGCCACCGACGUCCCAAACUGGCGGACCGCCUGCAGCAAGUGAUGCAGCAAGGCCGCAGGGGCAGAGGAUGUCGGCGUUGCGUGCUAAGCCACACUCUGAGCUACCCUCUGCUCUCAACAUGACCAGUUACCCAGCGGCCGCGGCUACGUAUAGUCCCGGUAUGGCUGCGACAUCGGCAUCGUCGGUACCGGCUGCUCACACGGCCACGCAUACGCAGGGCAUUGGUAUGGGAGGUCAGUAUUCCAAUGCUCCGUACACCCAGGCUACCAGCCCAACAGGCCCGGCGUACCCUGGUGCACCAGCCACUGGUACGGCUUCGAUGGGCAGCCCCAAUCCGUACGGCGCUGCUAGUGCUAUGCCUCAUGGUUACGAUCAACAGCAGUUCUCAUCACAAGGGGGAUAUAGUGGUGGACCAUCAGACGGCACUGACAAUGGUCUGUGGGGUUGGAUGACAUCAGCAACUAGCAGUGUGAUGGAGUCGGCAUCCAAGAUGGUCAGUAACCCGGACAUGCUGGUGGAAAGUGCGCAAAAGCUUGGCAGGAACAUUGUUGACAAAACCAAGUCGUCAGUGGAUAAUGUCUUGACCACACUGGACCCUGGCAUGACGGGCAGUGGGUCUUCAUCAAGAGAAUCUGCCAAUGAUCUAUCAACACCUGGAGCUGCUCAUAUCAAGGCCAAGCAGGUUAUACUGGCAUCUACAAAGCUACCUAAGAUCGAGGCAAUCAAGUGUGGAUUUCAGCGCUGUUUCCAGACAGUGAACGUGCGUGGCUUUGUGUGUCCCAGUGGCAUAGCACCACAGGUGUUUGGCCUGGAUGCCUGCUAUCAAGGUGCCCAGCAGCGCAUCCAGUACUUGCGCUCCAUGCACAGCAACGAAAUCAUUGGUGAUGCGGUAUUGAUCAGUGUGGAAAACUGCAUAGCAGAGCUUCUUCCUGGCUGUGUAUUCGACGUUGCAUGCAUAGUACUACUAGACCCAUCCCGUGACAUCGUCUUGCAGGCACUGACACAGCCCAUUCCUCUACCGUCCCACUAUGUGGAAACACUCCGUUCAUCCAACCCACCGAACUAUGCGCAGAGUGAAAGUGGUUUCUCGGUGAGAUGGCCCACACUUCUGACAAAGGAAAUGCCUGGUGCUGAUCCUAAUGAUCCACACCGCACUAUGACAGGCAUGUCUCGUUAUCGCCUCCUGGAAACCGCUGCAGCUACUCUGGCAAGAUCUUAUGAGCUACGAUUGCAAAGGUACACGCCACCUUUCGCUGCCAGUGCUGUCCCUGAGCCUGUCAGUUACCAGCCACCACCACCAUCUACUGCCACUGCCUUCUACCAGCAGCAGCAACACCAACAGCAGCAACAGCAGGCUGUGCAGCCAGGACUGCAUGCCUCGAGACCUGCUCACCCCGCUAUGCAGCCACCUCCAACAGCAACCACCCAGCAAAGCUACAGCCAACCACCACUACAGCAGCCGCAGCAGGAGCAGCCAGUACACACUGCAUUGUCUCAGCAUUCACAGCAGCAGUCCGCGCCUGCUGGUGCACCAUUGGCACAAGUUGCUGGUCAUACAGAUACCACACACACACAGAUGGUGUCAAACUUCUUCCAGUAAUCCAUGCUGGGUGCAGCAACAAUUACCCAGCCACUCGUUACGUGUACGUGGCUGUUGAUGAUUCGUGUGUCUUGGUGCACUCAGUUCAGAUACAAUGUAGGUAAGAACACCACCAUCAUCCUGACUGCAUGCAAUGGGCUGUUGCUGCUGCUGGUGGUUUGUUGUGGACUAUCUGCAUUGCUUCUACUCUGUACAUAGUGGUGUGUCGAUUUGUCCAGACUUACACGUGCAUGCCACUAUGUACCAGCAGUGUGCGUGUGUGCGCGUGCGCGCGCGCAUACGUGCUAUUAGCGCAGGAUGCCACAUAUACACACAGAUGUGCAACAUGAUAAUUUCAAGCUAAUUUCCUGAUUCUGUACAUUGUGUUAAUAUUCUCCUGCUGUCUGCCUGCCAUAAAUUGUCUGUGCCUAGUUGCCAUACUAGCAGUAUUUACGGUACCAUGUAGUCCAGUUGCCUUACUAGCAGUAUUUACCAUGUAGUCCUGAUUUUAGGUUGCCUACUACUGCACUACUCUUUACAUAGAUUCAGCCUAGUUUUUACCUUCAGACACAUCCACAGUAGCUACUUUCAGCAUGGGAGUCCAGUCCAGCAGCAUAUGCUGAUGUUAGGCUACUACGCAUUUGGAUUUCUGUGCGUAAUUUUUCAUACUUCUAUUAGCAUUUUAUUUUCCUAUGCUUAAUUUCUAACCCCGACUGCUUGCUGUUCAGUCCCCGGCCACUCACUCAACUGCUGCAUGUAACUAGUGCCGCUGAACCCAGGACAGGACAUUGAAGGAUCCGACACACUACCACAUAAAUAGGAAGAACAUUGACUAUAUCGAUGCUGCUUUUCGCUCUCAUGUUAGAAUGUGUAUGAUUUAGCACGCGGCUGGGUCAGUCGCUGUAUUGCUGCUGCAUUGAGUUCAGAACAGACCACUGCAGACAGACCACUGCAGACCACUGCGGGUGUAGAAUAUGUGCAGGCUUGCAUGUAUUUUGAUACCCUGCAUUGAAUUGCA